UUGUGUUGUAAGCAAGCAAGUGUCUGACUCAGAAUCGUUAACGGAAUUAAAUAACUCGGUCGGGCUGCCGCUUCAGCGCAGAAUGAAGACCUUAGUAGUGUUCGACUUCGAUCACACUAUAGUGAAUGAAAACAGCGACACAUGGGUUAUCCGCUGCACCCCCAACCAGAAGUUACCGGACUGGCUGGAGAAGUCCUACCAGAGUGGCCGGUGGACCGAAUACAUGGGUCGAGUGUUGACCUACAUCGGAGACCAGUCCGUACGGCCGGAGCACAUGCGCGCAGUCAUGGAGAGCAUCCCGUUCACCGACGGCAUGACCGAGCUCCUGACCUUCAUAUCGGAGAAUAAGAAGCACGUCGACUGCAUUAUCAUCUCCGACUCGAACACUUUAUUCAUAGACUGGGUUUUGCAGGCGUCGGGCUUGAAAUCCGCAGUAGAUGACGUCUUCAGCAACCCCGCGAACAUCGAUGCGCGCGGGUACGUGAGCGUGCGCUGCUUCCACGCGCACGACUGCCAGCAGUGUCCGGUAAACCUGUGCAAGAGGAGAGUCCUACGGGAUUUCACGGAGAACCGGGCGAAAAAUGGCCUGCGUUAUGAGCGGAUUUGCUAUAUAGGAGACGGAGGAAACGACUUUUGCCCUGUUAAAGAACUAAAGAGCGACAUUGCAAUGCCUAGGAAGGGAUUCACCCUGGAGAAACUGUUGCGCAAAGGCAUUUCUGAGGGUUCAGCUGAGCUCAGGGCUAAAAUCAUGCCCUGGACUAGUGCCAACGAAAUCCUCCAGGAAUUAAGAGCUCUAAUUGAGUGAUAUGUAGUGUUAUAAGCAAUAUUGUGAGAUUGUGACACGUUUAAUGAAAGCGUCCGUCCUCAAACUACUUGAUAAAAUAACUUGGGUUUAUUGGUAA